CUAUGGUAUAUCACUUUUGCAAAGGAUGGCAUUCAGGACUUGACUCUGAGCUCUAAGAGUUUGUGAUGAUGCAGUUUAGUAACUUAUUAAAUAAAUGUAUUUGUUUUUUCCAAGGUGAUGUCAUUUUUGCCCAAACAUUUUAAACUUGAUUGUUGCAUGCGUUAGUAAUAUCAUGACAGUUUAUCAUGUGAUAUUUAAAAAAAAACUUUGCUAUAUGCACUUCAGGAAGAUACUGCGUGGUGCGGAUAAAUCUGCAAGUAAAACCCACACAGGAAGUGCUCAGACAUGCUUGCCGUUUAUGAACACACCCCCAUGUGUGAUAUCAACUCCCAUUGAGCAGAGGCUGCCGAGUUGCCAUUGCAGUGUAGCUCGUGUUGUGAGACGACACAGUUGGAUGUUUCAUACUUGAGGCACAACCCAGAGAAACCAUGUCUGCACACGGUGACAGGAAAAAACGGAUUGGUUCUCGUCGAAUGGCACCAAAACCAAAAGAAACCUUGGAGGCUGACUAUCAUGGAGUAGAAAACAUGUCUACAGAUCAACAGUUGGUGCCAGAGGAAGGUGUCAGAUCAUUACUUGCCCCGGCUGCAGAUGGCUCAACAUCAGAUAUCCAACACCCACCCGCACCUGAAGUCUCCAUGCACAGAAAGAAGUUAGGAUCUAGUCGAAGGAGGAGAGGAGGGCAGCAUGCGAAAGGCUUUGAACCUCAGGAAAAUAUUGAAGAGACUGAGAGUAAUAGUCCUAAAACUCAGAUGUCUGUUGCAGCACAGCUAGAAAUGCACGAGGAGUUAAAUCGAGGGAGUGAGGAUGAUAUAUCUGCAACACUUGACACCUCCAUGUCUUCAAGCACCACGACAGCAGUCUGUCUGGAGGAUGUUACAGAACGUUUAACUCCCGAAGUUGAUGUUCUGCAAUCUUGUGAAAAUGAGAGAGGGGCUGACAUUCUUGAAAAAGAGGAACUCAAAGAAAGCACACAAACUUUUGAUCUCUCUGGACCAACCGGUUUAGGUGUAUCUUCGACUCAACUGAAUCAGCACAUAAUCACUAAUCAAGCAGAAAGUGUUAACGUGUGUGUCCUAGCGGAGUCAGAAAGCCCUGUGAAAGAUGACUCCGACUUGUUCUGGCAAGAUGGAAGUUUACAGGGCGACUACUCGGUGGAUGAGUCACAUGUUAAAACACUGGUUUUAGAGUCUGUGACGACAGAGAAAACCGCAAAUAAAAGCACCCUCGAAGAGAGAAAUGAAAUUGUGGGCACUGUUGAGGAAACAAACGUUUUGUCACCAAAAGAGAAGUUUCCCGAAAAUGAACACUUUGAAGUUUUCAAAUUGUCUGAAGUCACAGAUUCACAGCAUUCAGAGUCUGUUAUAAAGAGGAAACAUGAAAAGGAUGGUGGGGCGUUACGUCUGCAGGAUAUGCACCAAAAUGAUGUAGCCUCUCAAAGUGCCACACUACAUGACAAAGACAAUCCUGACAUAUGUUCUGUAGACCAGGGACCUGAAAAUAUCAGCACUGAGCAGUCUGAACUUGUCCUGAAAAGUACUGAUUCUGCAGCAAAAAGAGAAGUUUCAACCUCUGAUGAAAAACACAAGUGUCCUACUAGAGAAGGACAUCUGGAGGCUUUAGACCAGAAAAAUGAAGAUGGCGAUGCGAUUGAUUCUGAGAAAACUGGGGUCACCAAAUUAGAAGUAGCAGAUGGAGGCUUUGUGGAGCCUAUAAAAACAGUACAGAGUUAUGAACAAAGUGUUCAUCAAAUAAAAGGAGUCGUUAGUGCAGACUUCAACGCUCCACUUGAUCCCCAACUUCAGGAUAGUUCUGUGAGCAUGGAUGAGCAAAUACAUCCUGGCCUCAGCCUCAGGGGAAACAGAAGAAAACUUGCAUCAAGCCGCAAAAUUAAAGAAAGACAUCUUGUUAAAAAACCCGAAGAGGACAUUUUGGACAAAUCAGGGGAUGUUGAAGCCCUCGAAACCACAAAUAUACUCUUCAAUACAAAUACAAUGAGCCAGGAAGAACCGAAUCAAGACUCUGAUCGUGAUAUUCUCUCGUCCAUGUCACAAGAGAGCUCACUGUUUCCGAUCUCUGCAGCUGGUUAUUCUAAGGUUCAGAUCUCUGUGCCAACAAAGGAUGCCGAGGACGACCUGGACAUUGUAAUUGUUAAAAGCAAACACCUUCCAGAAGAUCAAGAUGAAAGAGAGGCUGAAAAUAAUUUAAAGGUGGCUAAUAGAUCAGUGGAAGUCUCGCUUCAGGAGGUGGAUAAAUCUGGAAGUCGUCAAAAUAAAGAAGACGUAAGUGCUCAUGUUUCAGAGGAUGCUGAACAGGAAUUGCUGGAGGACGAGGUUCACUCAACACAAAUGCCAAAAAAUCUGCCUAGUGAUUACACAUCGGAAAUAAUAACAGAAGAUGUGACUUUUGGAAACCAGAUUGACCAAGAUAAAACCAUUGACAUCGAUCUGCCUGAUUUCACAGUAACAAGUCCUGUUAAUUCUGCAGCCAAACAGGAAGUUUCAGACGAUAAAACAGAUGUGUAUCCCACAAAAGACAACAUCUCAGAGGCUUUAGGCACGAGAAAUGAGGAUUAUGAGUUUUAUGAUACCAAUAACCCACAUAUGAGUGAUGUAGGAAAAGUAGACUCUGCUCCAAGUCAGGUGCACGAGUUCAUGGGCAGAGUAGAGCAUGAUUUAAAGACUGACGCUGAGCAAAUAUUUCAUCUGGAGAAAGAAGGACCCCUCUCUGAAACGUUGGAGAACAAAUCCGCUUUGUUGACCUUUCAUUCACAAAGUACAGUUUCACAAAACUUUCCUGAGGGCCAGCCUGAGAAAAGCUCUGUGAGUGUGGAUGAAGAGGACCGCAUGGAUUUUCCACUCAGAAAGAAAAUGGGAUCCAGUCGUAAAAAUAAAGGAAAGCAGAAGGUCAAAGAUGUGGUGGCAGAAGCAUACUAUGAGGAAUCAGAUUUUAAUGCAAACAGCAAUGAAUCCAGUGAAGCUGCAUUAACAGAGACAGCCUUCCAGGAAAAGUCUUCAGAAAUAAUGCUGGAAGGAGAGCAAAAAAUUGAUAUUUUGCAGACGGAAGAAGCAAAUGCACAGUCUGGCUCUCCAUGCACUUCUGAGUCAACUAUUUUUGGAGAACAUUCAGCCUCAAUAAUAGAUGAACUUCUAAGUGUUCCUUUAAGGACAGACACAAGGAGUUUGGAGAGGGAUGAAAGUACAGAGCUGUUGAGACAAGAUGAAGAUUUUCAGCCGACUCAUUUGGUGUGUAAACCACUGUCACUGUCAGAGAUGGAGACUGGGGAAACCAGCAGGAUCGAACAGGCAGAACCUGAACGGAGAGGUGAGAAGGCAUCAGCAGUUGACGAGCUGCCGACAAAAGAGGAGCACUUAUCUAAUGUCAGGGUGACUCGACAGUCAGAGGAUGCUGUUGGGAAAGGCCAUGAACAAAAGAUUGAGCCAGCGCAGGCACAGGCCAUGUUGGAAACGGAUUACACAAUAGAGAAAGAGGAGAAGGACGAUGCUACAGAAAAAAAUGAAAGCCUUUCCAGAACCUCAAAUGACCAAUUUGAAAUUGGGGACAUUCACUGGCCAGAGGUGGCUGUAAAAAGUGUUGAUGAUUCACAGCCACAGAUCAGUGGCAUAAAAGGAGUAGACGAUGCAAUGGUUGAUGCGCACGAGAUGAAAAACCAAGGAAAAGAUGACAUGAGUCAGAAUAUUGAAGAAACAGCUCUAAAGGGGAUCGAAGGACUCUUUUCUGAAAUGGGAGACACUAAAAUGUACUUAGAAAGCCUGGGCUAUGAAACGCCAGCUCCGUUGGACCCUCAGCAAAGUGACUCAAGUUUUAGCCCAGAUAGGAACAGAAGAGCACUAGGUUCUAGCCGGGAAACAUCUAUAGAAAUAAACUUGGAAGAACGUGACAAAACUGACCCUCUUGACAUUGAAAACAUUACUGCGUUUGGCCAACAAAAUGCAGAUUUAGGCACAGCUGCAGGCCUCACAGAGUUUAACAUCUCAAGUUCACGGCUGAGUCCUGCAGCAGAGCUGCAGCUAAACCAGUCGUACUCCAGUGAGCUUCCAGACGAUAGGCUUCCCACAGUGUCCUCCAUAACAGAAAAGCAGGAACAGGGUGAGGACAUGGAAAUGUUAAUGUCCUAUGGAAAUUCUCAAGGCAAGGAAAACACGGAGAACGCUAGUACAACAGGAACAACCACAGAAGAAAACAGCCCGGAAAACCCAACGGAAUUUGAAUACGGCGUUGGGCAAACAUUUUCAUCACCACACGAUACAUUUCUUAAAAAUGAGGAACAGGGUGAGAAUUUCAACUCAUCUGAAACUGCAGAAACUGAACAUUCAGAGGACGUUGUGAGCGAAGCACACAAAGAACACACUGUCCCAACAGAAAAUCAAGACAUGCAUCAAACCGAUCAAACCUCAAUUACAGAGAGCACAAGCUCUGUGCAAACACUGCAGUCAGAUACAGAUGUUGCUUUGGACUCCAAACCUCAGGACAAUUUCUUUAUCAAGAACAAUGAAAGUCAGCCAGGGUUCAAGCCAGCAGGUAACAGAAGGAAAAUGGGAUCAAGCCGGAGGAAUAAAGGAGCACACCGUGUCAGGGGCUCUGAAGCAAGCCAGAAACCAGAAGAGGGAGAUUUGGAAAACACUGAGCAAGAUGAAGCAACAGAAACAUUAGCAACAAAAACAAGGCAGGAAGAAUUACAAGACAGCAUAUCUACUGAUAUGGUAGAAAAGAGCAGUUCAACUGGAGCUGAAGAUGAAAACACAGUAAAGCAGCUGGAGGUGAACACGUGUAAUCCUCACAGUGUUGUGGACAUCAGCGCUGUUGCAACAUCAAAUGUUGAUCCCAAUAACGAGGACUCUCCUAAAUCCAUUACAGACACCAAUGAGAAAGACACAAAGCCUGCAGAGAUUUUCGGUCAGUUAAAAGGAUUUCACAAUGAUAAAAAGGAUCUGAUGCAAGCCUCUGUUUAUAAAGCUGACACAGAUAUGCAGAAUAUCCUACAUCAUGAUGACAUUAUCAACCCUGCUAAUCGAGUUCCUGAUCAAGAAGAAGUCUUUCAGUGCCAAAACACAGACGCUUUAUCUUGUGACAAAAGCUCACGAGGGCAAGAAGUCCAAAUGGAGCAGACAGUAAAUGUGAUAGAAACUGUGGAAUGUUUCACAACAGAAGGAGACGACAGAACAGAGGUGGAGGGCUCGACUGGUGUGGGAAGAGCUGAGCGACAUCAGGGAGAGGAGCGCAUACUCGUAACCGAAGAAGUAAAUACUUCACGUGAGUCAGGUGUAGGUAAGUCCACCACAAUGGAUACAAGAACCAGCGGAGAAGGAAAAACUCGGACAGAUUACAGUGAAAACGUGCAAGAAAACCCCCAACAGAAGAAGAGAAAGUUUGCUUCCACACGCAGGAAUCUACUCAACAGGAAACAAGAGGGAAAGAACGACAACAAAGACAAAACGGAGAGUGAAAAUGUCCAGUCUACGGUCGGACAACAGGAUACUGAUGAAGCCAGAUUUUCUUCUUAUGAGGAGUCUAAGCAACAAAGCGAUACUUCUAACCAGCAGAGCAGCAAGGAUGAUGUGAUACCAGUCUCUCUUCCUGAAAGUGAGGUGGCUGUCAAUCCGGUGGCAUUUGAUAAAGUGGCUGAUAAAGGGUCUGAUGAGAAAAAAUUGGAACAUUGUGUGGAGGCAUCACCACUAAAUGAUUUUACAAGCACUGAGGCGCAAAAUACCUCUGUGGUUGCAGGAGAAAACAGCAGCUCAUUAAGUCAGUUAGUGACCUCAAACACUGAGACGGACGCUCCCAAUGCCCCAGGGAGCUCUGAGCUUCAGAUAAAAAGUGCAAGUCCAGAUUUCAAUUCGACCCACAGGAGAAAAAAAAUAGCCUCCACCCGCAGGAGUCUUGGGUCACGAGCCAAAGGAGAGAACUUGCACCAAAAGCAGAAGGUGGAUAAUGAAGCAACAGAGACUUUAACAGCUGGUGAAGACUGGACAGACUUGACAACUGAGAGUUUUUCUAGUUUUAUGGACAAACAACUGCAACUCCAAACAGAACACAAAGAAAGCUACUCUAAACAAGAUAAUGAGGAAGAAGCAGUGGAAAUCACCAAUGUUGACGAGUCUAUUUUACAACCCCUGGUUGAGCAAAAACCUCAGAGCCAACCGAUAGAAACGCAAGAUCAGUUGACUUUACAUCAACAUCCACCUCCAUCCACCUCUCCCAAAAGUGAUGUGCCCUCCGACUCAGCAUCUGGAGGCAGGAAAAAAAAGUUUGGAUCUAACCGGAGGUCACGCUUGCAUCAAAGCCACAAAGAACAAACUCAGAACGUUAGAGCGAUAGAUACAGAAGAUAAGAAUGUCGGUGGAAUAACAGAGGGAGGGGGACACAAGGCGGCUGAAGACCACGGAGAAGAUCCACUGUGUCUGAAUAAGAUAUCAGAGGUUGAUGAAAAUGAUGACAACGAACCACCCAGUAUCAACAUAUCAAAGGCUGAAAAGCUCUCACAGCCGGGGACCAGGACGGCUCCAGUCAAGUCCCAGCAUGCUGAAAUCAGCCUGGUUCAAGAGAGCAAAGCGCAGAUUUCCUUUGCAGGCGAUUCCCGGGGGAUGGAGCUCAGCUCAGACAGUUACAAUGUGGUUAUGAUUGGAGACAGCUGUGUGGGGAAAACUUCCUUCAUGAAAAGAGCUCAGAGUGGGAAGUUUUCUUUAGAUAUACCUGCAUCUAUUGGCCUUGAUUCCUGCAAGUGGACCGUGGUAGUCGAUGGAAAACCUGUUUUGAUACAGUUAUGGGAUACAGCAGGUCAAGAAAGGUUUCGCAGCAUCACAAGACAAGUUUUCCACAAAGCUCAGGCUUUCCUCUUGAUGUAUGACGUCACUUCCUCUCAGAGUUUUUCAGCAGUCAGCUACUGGGCCGACUGCAUCCAGGAAGCUGCUGCAGAAAACGUGACCGUUUUACUUCUUGGGAACAAGAGCGAUCACGAAGGACGUCAAGUUAAAACUCAACAGGGGGACAUUCUUGCCAAGGAAUACAACUUUGAAUUCAUGGAGUGCAGCGCUGCCACGGGUGAAAAUGUGAUUGAGGCUUUGGAAACUGUUGCCCGGAUGUUGAGUCAACGAGCUGAUUUAAGAGAGGAAGCCACAGUGUUGCACAAAGAGCCAGUGCAGAAAAAACGAUCGACGUGCUGCUGAACAGAUGUGUCUAUCUGAAAAUUAAGACAUAAGGUGACAUCCUGCAACAGUGGACACAAAUUAUAAAUAAGAUUAUCGGUGUAAACAAUAUGGGUAUCUAAUGCUUCUUCUUUUAACAUUGUUUUAGUUUGUACAUUUCAGUGCAAUAAAGAAAAGUUAAUGUU